AUGGCGGCUGCACUGGGGAUUCAAGGCAACGCCGGCGGCAAUGCUGCCUUCAAGGAUAAAGAGAAGCCGAUGGCUGUGCGGUCAGCCAAUAUCAUGGCAGCGCGAGCAGUCUCGGAUGCAAUCAGAACUUCACUAGGGCCCCGAGGGAUGGAUAAAAUGAUUCAGUCAGGCAAAGGCGAGAGCUUGAUCACGAACGACGGCAGCACAAUGUUGAAGAGCAUGAGUGUGAUGCAUCCCGCGGCGAAGAUGCUGGUCGACCUGAGCAAUGCACAAGAUGUCGAGGCCGGUGACGGGACAACCUCUGUAGUGGUCAUCGCUGGCAGUCUUCUCGGAGCCGCAGACCGCCUACUCGCCAAAGGAAUCCAUCCCACGAUCAUCUCCGAGUCGUUCCAGAGAGCCUCUAAAGCCGCUGUCAGAGUUCUGGAAAACAUGUCGCAACCUAUCUCCCUCUCCGACCGCACAACCCUGCUCCAGGCAGCCUCAACCUCUCUUUCCUCGAAAAUCGUGUCGCAACACUCCGGAUUACUUGGACCGAUGGCCGUAGAUUCCGUGCUAAAGACCAUUGAUCCAAAGACAGCGGAGAAUGUGGACCUGCGGAAUAUUAGGAUCGUGAAGAAGGUUGGCGGAACUAUCGAAGAUUCGGAAAUGAUCGAUGGGUUGGUCCUCAACCAACCGGUCAUUAAGAGCGGUGGUGGUCCGACCAGGAUAGAAAAAGCGAGAAUCGCAUUGAUCCAGUUCCAACUCAGCCCUCCAAAGCCCGACAUGGAAAAUCAGAUUGUGGUAAACGACUACAGACAGAUGGACAAGAUUCUGAAGGAAGAACGAACUUAUCUGCUCAACAUGGUCAAAAAGAUUCAGAAGGCCAAGUGCAACGUGCUGUUCAUUCAAAAAUCCAUCCUCAGAGAUGCGGUUAAUGAUCUGUCAUUACACUUCCUGUCGCGGCUGAAGAUCAUGGCCAUCAAAGACAUUGAACGAGACGAGGUUGAAUUUCUGUGCAAGAGCACCGGAUGCAAGCCCAUCGCCAACAUCGACACCUUUUCAGAAGAUAAACUUGGGAGCGCAGACCUGGUGGAGGAAGUCAGUUCAAAUGGCGCUCGAUAUGUCAAAGUCACGGGUAUUCGGACAGCGUCACCACAACAUCAAACUGUGUCGAUUAUUGCUAGAGGCGCCAACACGCUCGUCCUCGACGAGGCGGAACGAUCAAUACACGACGCUCUGUGCGUCAUUAGGUGUUUGGUCAAGAAGAAGGCCCUGAUUGCUGGUGGCGGAGCACCAGAAGUCGAGAUUGCCCACCAACUAGCCAAACAGGCCAGAGAACUGACCGGCACGGAAGCGAUCUGCUGGAAGGCCUUCGCAGACGCCAUGGAGGUCAUCCCCACGACUUUGGCUGAGAAUGCAGGGCUAAACAGCAUCAAAGUAGUGACUGAUCUACGACAUCGACAUGAUAUGGGAGAAAAGAAUGCCGGAGUCAGUAUCCGGAGUGGCGGCGUCAAGACGAAUAUUGCAGACGAGAAAGUGCUCCAGCCACUCCUCGUGAGCACAAGUGCCAUCGAGUUGGCGGCUGAGACGGUCAAGAUGAUCCUCCGGAUUGACGACAUUGCAUUGUCACGAUGA